GGAUAAUGUAGCUCGCAGUUGACUUUCCUAUACGGAAGGCAUAAUGUAAGCUUGCUAGGGAUUGUCCAGUUGAUAGAUACCUACAAAGAAAAUAAUAUAUAUUAUUUUAUUUUAUUUUUGACAGUUAAAAUGCUCAAGACGAAAUGGAAGAGCAUCCGUGAUGCCUUCACUCGUCAUUUGAGGGUACAACGUGAACGCAGGAGUGGAUCGUCAGCGUGUGCCCCGAAGGACUACAUAUAUUCAAAAGAAUUGGAGUUCUUAAGACCAUUGCUGGCUUUGGGGAGUACUGAAAACUGCUGGGAGGAAGCUGCUCCAACCGCACCUGUCGACACGGAUAAUGCCAGUCUAGCUUCAGGCGAUCAGGCUCUGGCGGGUCAGGAGCCGGAAAGCCAGUUGUCAACUUCGUCGCGGUCCACAUCGGCUACACCGGUGGGAGACGACGAGUCCACGCCAACAGUGUUUCCUCGUGGACCUGCAAGAGGGACGAGAAGGGAGGCUCCAGCUCCAGAACCCGAUUUUAACAGAAUGUUGUUGGACAUCAUGUCAAACAUGUCAGACAGAAUGUCAAGCAACCGUUCAUACGGUCAAAUGUCAGCUAGAUGUCUGGGGAAGCUGAUGGACAGGGUACCCAAAAAUCUUCAGGCAGAUAUGUUGGCCGGUACCAUAAGGAACAUUGCAACAUUUAUACCACCAACCGAACCCUAUCAAUCCUCAGAACCUCCACCACCCUAUGGUCCCUAUGCUACUCACCCCCCCGCAGUAUCUGUCAGCACCACCCCUUCCUCUUUUGUCAGCACCACAUAUUCCCACCCACCUACCUCGAUCAACACCACCUUAUACUUACCCUCCUCUGACGACAACACUUUCUCCUUACCCUCAUCUGCCCACACCACGUUCCACUUACCCUCCUCUGAAGACAACAACACUUUCUGCUUACCCUCAUCUGCCGACACCACCUUCUACUUACCCUCCUCUGAUGACAACAACACUUUCUGCAUACCCUCAUCUGCCGACACCACCUUCUACUUACCCUCCUCUGACGACGACGACAACUUCUUGGGCCAGAUUCACGUAGCUCAGCGGAUCUUAUAGAUCCGCUCGAUCUACGUGAAUUAAGA